AUGUCGCAUCCAGUGCAGAAGAGUGAAUCGGAAUGGCAGGCGCAGUUGUCUCCAGAGCAAUUCAGAGUGCUCAGAAAGCAAGGCACCGAGGCUCCUGGUACUGGAAAGUAUGACAAGCAUAUGCCAGAGCAAGGUGUAUACACCUGUGCUGGCUGCGAUGCUCCUCUUUACAAGGCACACCACAAGUUCAAGUCUGGAUGUGGCUGGCCGGCCUACUUCGACGCAAUAGAGGGAUCCGUCACUCGCCAUACCGAUCGAACAUUUGGCAUGGAGAGAACGGAGAUUGUAUGCACCAACUGCGGUGGACACUUGGGACAUGUCUUCAAAGGAGAGGGAUACAACACGCCUACAGAUGAGCGUCAUUGUGUGAACAGUGUCUCGUUGAACUUUAACAAGGACGACCCUGUGGUGGACAAGGCCAAGGCAUGA